AGUUCUCGAGAUAUCAAAAAAUUAUUAUAAUUAUAAUGCGCGUUCCAGCACGCGUAUCUUCUCCUGUCUUCUUCGGAUCCAUUCCCUGUCUCUCCUGUCUUCUUCUUAAUUGCUCUUUAGAGUCGAAAUAAAAUAAAGAAAAAAAAAAAACAGGGAGAGAUGGCACAUCAAUUGACGCUUAUAGCUAUAGUAACCUCCGACAGAUGCAAGCUUAAGAAGUGCCGUCAAGAAUGCAAGAAAAGCUGCCCCGUCGUCAAAACUGGGUGAGGCUGGGGGUGAACUCAAAACCCUAAUUGUAUUUUCUCUUAAUCAUGAAAUUUACUUGCUUGAGCAAAGGAAGUGGUUUCCAUUUCCCACCAUGUCACAUUCUUGAUGUGAGUGGAUUCAGGAUAUUACUUGAUUGCCCUUUGGACCUUUCUGCUCUCACAAUCUUUUAUCCUGUUUCUCCAUCACCCAAAAUGGAGGAGGGGGAGCAAACUUAUGAUUUUGCUGUCAACAAUUGUUUGGAUAUGAGGAAGAGGCAGAAAAUUCUAAAGUCUUUGAUCUGUGCUCAGCCUUGGUAUAAAACUCCCAAUAAUUUGCACCUUUGGGAUCCUUCUUCCAUUGAUCUUGUACUGAUUUCAAGCACAAUGGGGAUGCUUGCCCUCCCUUUUCUUACUCAAACCAAGGGCUUUUCUGCUAAGAUAUAUGCAACUGAAGCAACAACAAGGCUGGGACAGCUUAUGAUGGAGGAUCUUGUUUUAAUGCAUAACGAAUUCCAUCUUUUUUUUGGAUCUGACUCUGGUUCUCCUCAAUGGAUGAGCUGGGAGGAGCUUGAACUGCUUUCACCUGCGUUGAGACAAGUAGCUCUAGGCAAAGAUGGAACAGAGUUGGGUGGAUGGAUGCCCCUGUACAGGUCUGCGGACGUGGAGGACUGCAUGAAGAAGGUUCAAACACUUAAAUAUGCAGAAGAAGCCUGGUACAAUGGGACAUUGUUGAUUAAAGCAUUCAGCUCGGGCUUAGAAAUAGGCUCCUGUAAUUGGACUAUAAAUAGUCCAAAAAGAAAUAUUGCAUGUAUUUCAAGCUCUAAAUUUUACUCUGUUAAUGCAAUGGAGUUUGAUUAUCAUGCUCUGCGAGGUAAUGAUCUGAUAUUAUAUUCAGACUUCUCAUCUGAGGGUAUCUUGACAAAUGAUGAACAUGAUAAUAACUUCUCUGCUUCAACUACCUACAAUCCGUCAACUCCCAGUGAUUGCAGUGCUGAUAAUGACGAUCGGAUACUGAAAGAAUGCUUAUUGCGUAAUGAUGAGAGUUUAGAGGAAAGGCAGAAACUGGCAUUUAUCUGUUCUUGUGUUGUAGAUUCUGUUAAAGCUGGUGGCUCUGUCAUUAUUCCUUUAAAUCAACUGGGAAUUGUUCUGCAGCUGUUGGAACAGAUACCAGUGUACCUUGAAUCUUCAGCUAUGAAGGUUCCAAUAUAUGUCAUCUCUUCUGUAGCAGCUGAACUUCUGGCAUUCACCAAUAUCAUACCAGAAUGGUUAUGCAAGGAGCGGCAAAAGAAGCUAUUUUCUGGUGAGCCACUGUUUUCACACUCGGAGCUCAUGAAAGGAGAGAAACUUUAUGUCUUUCCUGAUGUUCACUCACCCGAACUAUUAACCAAUUGGCAGGAACCGUGCAUUGUAUUUUCUCCUCACUGGAGUCUGCGGCUUGGUCCAGUUGUUCAUUUGCUUCGGCGUUGGCGUGAGGAUGAAAACUCCCUGCUUGUUUUGGAGGAUGGACUGGAUACUGAUAUGGCUCUCUUGCCUUUCAAGCCAAUGGCAAUGAAAGUUCUCCAGUGCUCAUUCCUUUCUGGAAUAAGGUUGCAAAACACUCAACCUUUGUUAGAGAUGUUGCGGCCAAAAGAAGUUCUGUUUCCAGAGGAUUUGAGGGAACAAAUCAAGUUUUCAGGCUCACAUUCAUUCUCAGUACUCUACUAUGCUGAAAAUGGAACAUUAGGUGUACCAAGAUCGAAAGGCAGUGUGGAUCUAGAGAUUGCGUCAGACUUGGCUACACAGUUCAGUUGGAGAAAGUUGGAUCAUGAUGACGUAGAUAUAACAAGACUGGAAGGACAGCUAUUCAUAGAUCAUGGCAAACAUCAGGUACUAUCAGGCAACAAGGUAUCAGAGCCCUCAAGAAAGAAGCCAUUACUGCAUUGGGGUUUUCCAGAUGUGGAGAAGCUGCUUGCUUUGUUAUCAAGGAUGGGUGUGAAAGGAUCUGUAGAACGAUGCAUGAAUGAUGCUGAAUCUGGAAGCGAUGAGAUCGUACACAUCCAUGAACCAAGCAUGGCCUUGAUUGAGGUUAGGGCAACGAGGACUGUUAUUAGUGCCCGGGAUGAGCAAUUAGCCUCCCUUAUUUUCGAGGCAAUUGGUACUCUUGCGGGUGGCAUCUAGGAUGAUGAGUGGGAUUCGGAAUCAGGUCAAUCGUAUUAUAGUUGUUGAUUAUGAUGUCUUAAUUGACUGAAUCCCUCCCUCUUAUGGUUAAUUAAUUCUCUUUACAGUCAACGCCCUCCCCUGAGUAAUGUCAGCGCUGAUUUAUUGUUGCACUCGAUGCCUGACAAGCGUGCACUUUCACCAAAUCUGGCGUCGUUUCAUUUGUGAAGGAGAAAACUUGCACUUUGAAA